AGCAAUGCAUUAUGCAUCCUUUGUUCUUCUUCUCCGAUCCAUAUCCAUUUGAAUUUUGAAGUCAUCAAUCAAUAUCUUAAUUCCAAAUAUCGGAAACCCGGUUGUGGCGAUUAAAGCUCCACGAAAAGCAGAAAUCCCCAAAUUCAAAAUUCAAUCUUUUCCUUCCAUGAAACGAAAUUAUGAAUCUUUCUUCAUCUAAUCUACCUUCUUAUGGACUCCAAUUCCAAUGUCAACCCCCCUACGCCUACUUACAAGGAUUACUACAAGAUCUUACAACUCGAUUAUGAUGCAACUGACAACAACAUCCGCCUCAAUUACCGCAAGCUCGCUUUGAAGUGGCAUCCGGACAAGCACAAGGGUGAUGCUGCUGCUACCUCUAUAUUUCAAGAAAUUAAUGAAGCUUAUUCUGUGUUGAGUGAUCCAGAUAAGAGACUUGAAUAUGAUUUGAAUGGAAAUUAUGAGAUCGACAAGUACACUCUACGGGAAUAUUUAGCUAGAUUCAAAGGAAUGAUACUCACUUGUAAUGGUCUUGGUAUGACCCAAACAUCAAAAUGGUCACAGGCACUAAUGGAACUCAAUGAUUUAAAGGAAAAUUGAGGUUUGGAGGGAGUCAUUUUAUUUCUUCACCCCUCUCCAUGACUGUCAACAUUCAGAGAUGAGACAAUUAUUUGUAUCAUAUUGUUAAGUAAAGUAGUGCAGAAAACAGGUUGAAAAACAUCAUUUCGUUUUCAUACUAGUUAUGUAGGCCUAAUCUUGUGGUA